AUGCCAGAAGUAAUCACUCCAAGUCAGACAGUCCACCAGCCUCCCCCUACAAAUACAAAUACAAAUACAACUGCAAGUGCAGGUGCAACUACAACACCCGAUUUGAAUAGACAACGCGAGAUUUGUAAGAAAUGUAAUCAAUUAAUCUUGGAAGGACAUGCUUACGAAUUAGGUGAUGAUAGAUGGCAUAUCCAUUGUUUCAACUGUUCAAAAUGUAACACUUCCUUGGGUUGUAACUCAAAUUUUUUGGUGUUGGGUAAUGGAAAUUUAAUCUGUUCAAAUUGUUCAUAUAAUUGUAAGCAAUGUGGAAGAAAAAUUGACGAUUUGGCUAUCUUAACUGGUGACCAAGCUUAUUGUUCAAAUUGUUUUAAAUGUCGUUCUUGUAAAAAUAAAAUUGAGGAUUUGAGAUAUGCAAGAACUUCGAAAGGAUUGUUUUGUAUGGAUUGUCAUGAGAAAUUAAUGGCCAAAAAGAAGAAAUAUGAUGCUAAAAAGAAACAUUUGGCAAUGUUGCAAGAGAAGAGAUUACAAUUAGAAAGAGAAAAAGAUCAACGAGAGUAUCAGAUAUUAGAAGACCAUAAAAGAUCCGUGAAUUCUUCAAGGAAUAGUUUGAUCAAUUCUUAUAUGACAAAUAAUCAAAAUACCCAAUCAGGAGAAAGUGUAUUAUAUCAACAGAAUAAUCGAUCCGCUGGUUCGGUAGUAUCUGGAAAAAACAAAUCAUUACCAUUGCCUCCAUCAAUAUCUCCAAGUAAAUCAAAUGCUUAUCAAGCCAAAAACACCACCGAUAUCUCCCUUUCAUCUGUAUCGGCUUCACAAAUAUUCUCAGAAUCAAACGCAAGGUCUCCAAACCAACAACGCCAACCACCAGCACCACCAGUGCCAUCACAACAACAACCAAAUGGUGCAAGUGGUCUUCAUAACCCACCAGUACUCCAGCCAGAUAAUGACUUUUCCAUUGAAGAAGUUCAAAAUGCUUCUGAUACAGAUUCGAAUGACGAAGAAGGCGACAAAACCAAUAGUACUUCUUUAAGAAACAAAGCCUCUAGUCAAAAUUCAAAAAUUCUGCCAUUUGCUAAUGAAUAUUCCACUCCUCCAUUAUCUUCUGAAUAUGUUAAUCGUCAUGAUAUAUCAACGGAUACCGAUAAGACUGUAUAUUUGGAUCUUUUGAAUACUCCUCCAGAUAAUAUUAGUACCCCACCAACUGAUCAAUUGAAACCAGGUGUGGAAUUAUCUCCAAGAGGAAAUGGCAAUUUAGAUCCAAAAUCCAAGAAUUUGCUUAUACUAUCACCAAAUCAAUUCCAUGAUCAUGAAUUCCACAAUGCCAAAUCCCCGAUUAUUGAUUCUCCAGGAACUGUCAUUAGUCGAAACAGUAAUCAAAACCUAAAACCAGUUAAUUUAUCCGUCGAAGAUAGACCUCGUUCUGCUUGUUCAUCCCCAUUUGCUAAAGCUAAUAGACAAGCAAGAGUUGUUGAAACCAACGAUGAAAUUCUGACAGAAUGUCUUGACGAGGAUAAUGAUGAUUUAACUAUUGGUACACCAAAGCAGCAAAUAUCGAGGGCAGGAACCUUGAAAUCGAUGUCAUCACCACCACCAAAAGUACCACCACCAAGCACUCCAUCACGUAAUAAUGAUACACAGAAGAAAUUCAGUUUUGAUGAAACACCGAAGGGUUUGGGUUUGGAAGGUAUCGAUUAUGAUGCUCAUGAUGAUCAAAGACAAUACAUUAGACAACUGCAAGAAAAGAGACGUCUUGAAAAUGGUAGUCAGGAUACUAGUCCAUCAUCGAUUAUGAAUACCCCAAAGAGAGUAAUUGGUAAUUUUUCACCCGCUGUUACUAAUUUGGAAUCACCACAAGAAAUGGAUGAACAUUUACGACAACAACAACAACAACAACAACAACAUCAUCAUCCAUCUCGUAAGAAUUCAAUAAUGAAGGGUUUGAAGCAUAAACGUUCUACUUCAGGGGGUCAAAAUAUCUUGUCAUUUUUCAAGUCGAAAGAAGAAGGUCGAUCUCAUACUCGUCAUGCAUCUGAUGGUUCAGUUGUGAGUAGUAUCACUAAUGCGUACAUCUCUCCACCAAUCACCAGUGGUACUAUGGGUGGAGCUGGUCAUUUCAGAUCAACAUCAGAUUCUACUAUGAUGAUUCAUGAAGAAGACAAUUUUGACAUUAGAGCAAUGAAACAUGAAAUUCAACAAAUGGGUCUUACUAAAGGUACUUUAGAUCAAGAUAUUAGAAAAUUGAAAACCGAAAAACAAAAAUUGACUGAACAAUUGAAAAUGAUUCAAUCCAAGAUAUCUUCUGAAUCCAUUAAAUAUGAUAAUUUGAUUGGUGAAAUUAAUGAAUUACAAGCACAAAAGAUUAAUUUGGCUAAUGAGAAUAAAGAAUUAGUUGCCCAACAGAAAUCUAUGCAAGCUGAAGUUGCCAAAUUAUCAAAAUCCUCAAGUAAUGAAUCCGAGCUGGGUGCAGAUAAUUCAACUUUGGGUAAGAGUACUACAAGAUCAACCACAUCACCUUACACAACUACUACUCCUGCUUCAUCAAGAGACAACUUUGACCCCAACCUUCAACAGCAACAGCAGCAGCAGCAACAGCAGCAGCAACAACAACAAUAUCAAUAUCAACAACCUGUUGAAGAUGAGCAAACUCAUAAAGCAACUAGAUUAAAGUUUUGGAGAAGACCAAAGAUUGGACUACCACAAGUUGUUCCAGCAAGUAAUGAUGGUCAUAUGAAUAAUAAUCUCAAUGGAAACAAUUAUAACAAUGGCAAUAAUCUCAAUGGUGGCAACAACAACCUCAAUGGUAAUGCUGGCAACAAUGCAUUAAAUUUCCCAAGUAAUGGAGCCAGAAUUCCAACUAGUUUUUCGUCACAAGCUUUACGUAUUCCAUCACUGAAUAGUACCAAUCUCAGUGUGAAUAGUACCAAUGCUGGAGGUAAAUUCACCAAAUCUAAAUCAAGUAUUAUAUUAGAUUCAAUAUUAUCUGGUGAUUCUAAUCAAGUAGCAUUAUUCAAUUCAACUAUUCAACAGCGAGCAGAUUAUGAAAAGAAUUCAAUCCCGUUGAUUGUUACCAGAUGUCUAACUGAAGUUGAGAAAAGAGGAUUAGAUUUUGAAGGAAUCUAUAGAAUUUCUGGAGGUAAUUCAGCUAUUGUUUCUAUUGAGAAUGCAUUUUCAAGUUUAUCUAAUGAACCAGAUGAUAAGCAAUUGAGUAGAUUAGAUGAAACAUUAGAUGGAGAUAUUCAUGCUGUUACAUCGGCAUUGAAGAGGUAUUUAAGAAAAUUGCCGGAACCUAUAAUUCCAUAUGGUUUAUAUGACGAAUUUAUUCAAGUUUCAGCUAAUACUUCUAAUGAUAAAGAAACAAGAAUUGGAGAUUUGAUUGGUGUUAUUAAUAAAUUACCAAAUGCCAAUAAACAAACAUUAAAAAUGAUUGUUAAGCAUUUAGAAUUGGUUAAUUCAAUGAAGGAUGUUAAUAAAAUGGGUUAUAAAAAUUUAUCAGUUGUUUUUGCACCAACUUUAGCAAGAGAUCAAUCUGGGGAAAGAGAAAUGACAGAUAUGGGAUUUAGAAAUGAUACCACUGAAUUAUUAUUAUCUGAAUCAUCACAAAUUUUCCAAUAG